AUGAGGGCGACGGAGGCGGAAGAUAAUAUGCGGGAAAGCAAAGCUUCCUUUGCGCGGGAGCCUCGACGUGGAGCAAGUGUGAUAAAGGGGCCUGGCGUUGCGGUGCGGGCUUCGCCGGGGACAAAGUAUCUUAUUUAUGGCCUUAUGGUCGUGUCGGGGAACACCUCUUCUGUUCGUUCGCGUGCCUUGGGAAAGCGUGGUGUUUACAUGUCCAAUCUCGACGCCGAUGAGGAGGCAGCAGAAGAGGCAUCAAGAGCCCCUGUUUCUACAGCUGUUGGUGCCAGCAGCGGUGUUACAAGUGUGCGUGAGCACAACCGCAUGAUGGAUAUGUUAGUGUCAAUGCCGUUGGGCGAUUCCCCGGAGGAGCGGUCAUCUGUGCGGGGAUACGCCUGGGGGGGUACUGUGCCAACGCAUUUACGCCCAUGUGUGUGGCGUUUAUUGUGUGGCUACAUACCGUGUGGCCCCGCCUCGUUCUCACGGCAGCAGGCAGAACUGCACCGCAAGCGUGAGGAGUAUGACAACUUUGUUGCUAAAUAUUAUAAAAUUACGAUCGCCGACUUUAUUCAGUUGAGUACGCUGCAAGAGAUGGAGCCAAGCCGAGAAAAACAACAUGCUGGUGCAUGCACCACACAAGCUUGUAACUCCACGGAAACGGUGCCCGGGACAACGCCGGCAAGUACCUCGGUAGUGACAAUGGCGAUGCCACCAGACGACCGUGCUAUUCUUUCACAGAUUGCGUUGGAUCUUCCACGACAUAAGUAUGCCCUUUUUCAUCUUUCUCACUCGGCCUCAGCUCUGGCACGAUGCCUAUUUUUGUGGUCCCGACGGUACCCAGCGGUGGGGUAUGUACAGGGCAUUGAUGACAUUAUGGUUGUCUUCUUCUUUGUCUUUCUUGAGGGUGCAUUUAUGGAGUACAACAUGCCUUCCCGGCAGCAUGUGCAAGAGAAUCCUGAAGAAGCUGGGGAUAGUGACGCCCAACAAGCAUCAGAACAUGUGUUGAUUCCCGCGACAGUUGUAUACUCGAGUAACGUGAAUGAAUUGGACGCCGCCAUAAAGCAACUGCCUGCAGAUCUUUUUAGGGCCGCAGAAGCCGAUACAUAUUUUUGCGGUGGUUUUUUCCUUUCUUGGCUACAAGACAACUUUGUACAUGGCCAGCCUGGCAUUAUGCGAAGUAUGAAGCUCAUGGAGGCACUUUUGAGGAAAGUGGAUUUUAGCUCUGCUUGA